AUGCUCUCCCCCCGCGGCGCGCCCCUGCUCAUGCGACACACCACUCCCUCACUCCUCGGCCGCAUCAACGGCGGCGACGGUAACAUCCUCACCUCCGGCGUGUACGGCACCUCGAAGAACUCGGGUCCCAUGUCACUCACCUCGUCCGGCACCGAGGCUCUGGCGUCGCUCGCGCGUCGCCAUCCUCACCGCCAUAUGGGCAGGCGGGAGACAGCGUGCAGCGGUUUCGCGCCGCACCGCACGUGGGGCUGA